UCGGGGGUGCUUGUGUGUGUUUUUGGGUAAGAUUUGUCCUUAAAGGAGACGCUACUUUUACGGGCCUCGUCUAGGCCCAGGGAAAUUUAAGGUUUGCUAUAGCUUUAAGAAAGAUAGUAAAUGGCUUUAGUAUCUUUAAAACAUAAACAUUACAUUAAAAAUGUUAUAUAGCUAUAGAUAUUUCCAAUUUAUGACGGGCUUGCGCGGGGAAACGGAGGCGGCUGUGAAUUUAUAGCGGCAUAGGGCCUUCAACGAUGGCUACUAUAAUUUCUCUUAUCCACUGAAUAACGUUAAAUGCUACAUCCAUAUUAAUAUAGUCCUGUGUAUGCAAAAAAGGGAGAAUGGACCCGGAGAUAAUGGGGGUUUCUGAUAGAAGUCCCGGGUCCACUGGAGACUGUAACCAAUCUAGUCAGAGGGCCGCGGCACCAUCCCCGAUCUCGAGUGCUACACCCACCCGCGAAAGAGUGUUGAGGGGACGCGGAUUAGGUCGCGUGAAAGUCGGUGUAGACACUGUGGUCUCGAAUGAUGCCCUAUCCAGCAUAGCAGGCUCCGGGCGAGUUUUACGGGAACGAGCCGCUCGAGGAGCAGCAGCUAGGAAAAGAACAGAAAGCAGCGUUGGGGUACAAGAUCAGAAUCGUCGGAAAAAAACAAAACCCCCCCGCCGUGGGAAAGGUCCCGGAGCCGCUUCGAAAGACACUGAUGACAACAACCAAACGCCGGCCACUGACAAGGCACCUUCAACUAAAGCGUCUCCACGCUCCACCAGAACGAGGCUCCUGAAGAGUGGCCCCCGUUCCUCCGCGGCGCCCGUGUGCAAGUCCGAACCCGACACGACAGCCGCAUGUGACUUUGCAGAUGCCGAGGGAGAUGCAUUGAAAACCGUUGAUGGGAGCAAUGAGGAUGGGGACGUGCUGCUUGACGAUGAGGACCCUCCUUUCAGAGACGACCCUAGUGACCUCAACUACAAACCGGCAGCCAAGAGAGAGCCUCAGAAAACGAGGCGACGUGCAGCGAAGCAGAAAGAAGACAAGAAGGAGAAGGAGCCCGAUAAAGAACUAGAGGAUGAGAAGGAGGUGAAGAUGGAGGUCGCUGCAGACACGGCUGUGAAGGUGGAAAAUGAGUUUGGCGAGGAGACGGAGCCACCCAGGAAGAGAGGACGCCGAAGAAAAGAUGACAAAACUCCCCGGUUACCAAAGAGAAGAAAGAAGCCACCAGUGCAGUAUGUCCGCUGUGAGAUAGAGGGCUGUGGAACUGUCUUAGCCCACCCACGCUACCUGCAGCACCAUAUAAAGUACCAGCACCUGUUGAAGAAGAAGUACGUGUGCCCUCACCCCUCGUGCGGGCGCCUGUUUCGCCUGCAGAAGCAGCUUCUGCGUCAUGCUAAGCACCAUACCGAUCAACGGGACUAUAUAUGCGAGUACUGUGCUCGUGCCUUCAAGAGCUCACACAACCUGGCCGUGCAUCGCAUGAUCCACACAGGGGAGAAGCCAAUACAAUGUGAAAUCUGUGGCUUCACCUGCCGCCAAAAAGCCUCCCUAAACUGGCACAUGAAGAAGCAUGAUGCAGAUGCCUUCUACAAGUUCUCCUGCUCCAUCUGCGGCAAGAAGUUUGAAAAGAAGGACUGCGUGGUGGCCCACAAAGCCAAGAGCCACCCCGAGGUCCUCAUAGCUGAGGCUUUGGCUGCCAAUGCAGGGACCCUAAUCACCACUCCCACCCCAGUCUUGGAGACGGUGUCUGGGGUCUCUCCUCCCACCCUGCCCCCUGUAAGCCAGGAGAGCCAAGGAGAUCUCACCCCCCUGCACCAGAUGGUACUGUCCCUCUCCCCACAGACCCAAAUGGACUCCUCCCAGCCCCAACUCCUCCAGCUGGCCUCCCAUCACGUGGUGCAGGUGGGGCAGCAGCAGCAGGAGAACCCCAUGCUGCUCCAGUUCAGCACUGCUCACCCCCACCUCUCCACCCCUCAGCCCCAGCUCAUCCAGCUGACGGCACACCCAGCCACCACCACCACCUCCAUGACCGCCUCCGGCUCUCAUACCACCCUGCUGACCCUGAGCUCUGUGGCCGCUCUGUCUCCGGCCCCCCUCGGCCCCCACCAGACGGUGGAGUGGGUCAGGGAGGGGGUGGAGGAGACCCAGGGAGGAGGGGAAGGGGUGCUUUGGGAGCGGGUGACCAUAGGGAGUGAGCCGGAGGAGAUGGUGUGGGCGGGGGACGGGGAGAAGGAGAGAGUAGAUGGAGGGAUAGUGUGGGAGAGGGAGGGAGAAGGGCAGAUACUGUUGGAGAGCACAGAGGUGCAGGUAUCCCAGGGAGACAGCCACGUGUUGAUGUAGACGGGGAGGACGAGAGAGGGCAGAGGUGAAGGAAAAGGAAAGAGAGGAAAGGAAAGAACUGAGGAGCGGAAAGGGUGGGGAAAAGGGAGGAUCUUAUGAAGGGGAAAGAGUGAAAUUUACUAGGCUUGUAUGAAGACUUAAAAAUAUAUAGAAGUAAAAUGUAGCAAGUCACCUCAGCAGAGUGAAAUUUGCGGCACUCACUUAGAACCUAUACAGUACUACUAUAUCAGGGAAUUAUGAUUUCAAAGUGAUUUGUUUUGUACACAAUAUUAACAUGUUGUUUUAAGGCCUAUUUACAACCUUUGUCAUUAGUUGGUGUGCGCUGGGAAUGUACUUUGUAUGUGCGUGCAAAUGUGUGUGUGGGUGCACCCGCUUCCUAUGCAUUUAUAGAUAUUUGUAUAACAUCUUUACCUGGUAACAUAUGGUUAUUUCCAUGCAAUAUAUCACACCAUGCAAUAGAAGUCCUGCAAUUUGUUCUUGUUUUUAUCUCAGUUCUUCCAUCUCACUUGCAAGGUCAAUUAAAAGUGUUGACUUUUAUUUAUUGUGUAACGCUUUCCCAUAAAAAUAAUCACACAAACAUAUUUUAAUUGGCAUGAAACCAUACACAUUAAGCAACUUGAUAAUAAACCUUCAGUGGAUUUUUUUUCUUUCUAAGAAUAUUUCUUUGUGCGUGCGUGCGCACGUGCUUGACAUACCUAUAGUGCCACUUUGUGAUGUCUUCAUUGUGGCCUGGUUCAAAAUCUGCAUUUCUUGCUUGAAUCCCAAUUUCAACAAGUAGGAUUCUACUUCGUAUACCUUUUAAUAGAUUAUGAUUGAUUUAUUAAAGGGGGAGGGGGCAAUAUAUCACAUUUUAGUGUAUUAUAUUUGAUUGCAAAUUGUUUCAUAUUAGUUUUAGACUAACAACUGCUAUGUGAAAAUGGUAAUGUUAAUUGUUUCUGUGCUGAAUACGUUUAUUCACGUUGGAGGACAUAUAUCUCUGUACACUGCCAUUACCACUGAUCACUGGGGUCCCCCAUCUUUCAAAGAAAAUCUGAGAAUUGGAAAGUAAGGGGCAAUAAUGAAUUACAAUAAAAUAUCUGUGAGUCUUA